AUGUCUGAUGCUGAAGAUAGUGGAGAGGAGUUUAUUGUCGAAAAGGUUUUACGUGUGAGAAUACGAAAUGGAAAGAAGGAAUACUUUCUCAAAUGGAAAGGCUAUCCCGAUGAGGAAAACACAUGGGAGCCGGAGGAAAACCUGGAUUGCCCCGACUUGAUUAAAGAAUUUGAGGAAAAUCAGAAGAGAUCUACGAGACUUCGAACGUCCGGGGGUAUCAAGCGAACUAGCAAUGCUUCCAUUUCUAGUGAUGUUCAUCACGAAGAUGAUAGUGUGAAUGAGACGGAGGACCAAGUUGUAAAGCCCAAUGACACAACUUCCACCGUUAAAACUCAGUCCACCGAGAUGGAUCUCCAAAACGAUAAAGAUGAUGCUGCUUUACAAAAUACAAGAAAACGGCGGUCGUCGUCCCUAAUUUUAGAAAAAUCAGAUUCACAAUCUGUUACCAAAGUACAUGGUUUCGAUCGCAACUUGAAAGCGGAACGGAUAAUCGGCGCCACUGAAUCUAGUGGAGAAUUAAUGUUCCUGAUUAAAUGGAAGGACAGCGACAUUGCAGAUCUUGUUCCGGCUAGAAUCGCCAAUGUCAAGUCCCCACAAGUGGUCAUCAAGUUCUAUGAAGAGCGUCUUACUUGGCAUACUCCGGAUGCCCAAACCCCCACUAAAAACGAUGCAACCACAGCGUAG